UAGCUAGAGUGAAUGGUGAUGAUGUCACGAUGCGAUCAAUUGAAGAGUCCUUAUCUAAGCUAACCAAUGAGGUUAUAUUUGACGUAUACAAGUGCACUCCUAGUUCUCCUCCAAGCCACACCCUCUCUCCCCCACCCACUUAUUUCUCAGACACAACCUCACCCACUCCUCCCUCCAGCUCCUUCUCUCCUCCUCCUCCUCUCAUCCUGUUUUUAACCCUCGACACCAAAGAAGACGACCCACCUGAUAAAGAUAUUUUAUUUUGCUACCCAUCCCGUGGGUGUCAUCAUUUUUUAGAUCAAAUUAUAUUGCUACGAGGAGCUUUUUUAACCCUUUCCAAUCUAAUACCGACCAUAUCUUCAUCUCUAUCAUAUACUACCAGUUCAGUGCUGGUAGUGGAUGGUGAAUUAUGUUACAUUUCAGGACAUUUAGUUGGUAAAGAAUUGUUACUAAUAGCACAGACUGGAGUGAAUAAUUAUCAAGUUGAGCUGGUACUUGACUCGUUAGUCGAAUGUUUGGAAUUAGUUUAUGGAGACUUGAUGAGUGCAUUUAAAAGUGAUUCCAGUACAUUGUCUGGUGUGCUCUCCUCCAUUUUAUCUUUCUCUUCUUCCCCUUCGCCUAAUUCAUUUCUAUUUCCUGCCCUUCAACAAUUACCACUGUCAAUCAAAACUGCUGCUCAAAUCAGUUCUCACCUCAAUCAAAUAGACGCUGCUAGUUAUUCUCCACCCCUCCUCUCUCCCCCUGGCUCCUCCCCCUCCCUCCUAUCUCCCCUCGGUUCCUGUCUCUUCUACAAAGGAUACUUAGUCUCCAGUCACCUCACCCUCCAGCUCCUAAGAGCCGCUCAUCUUGUUUGUGUCUGUUUCGUAACUCGACAGCCGCUAGCCGAGUUGACUUCAGUGUGGAAGCAAAUAUACUUAAAAGAGGAGAGUCAAAGUGAUGCUAAUUUAUUUGUACUUGCUAUUGGAAUGGAACACACCCUGUUGUGUCAAGUUGUGUCCGUUGGUCGUGAGCUCAAUAUCUCCUCAUUCCCUGACGACAGGGUCAAGGAGAACUGUCGUAAGAUACUCUCAGAUAUCCACUCGUCAGGUCUACUGUCAGACUGCGAGAGAAGGUUGAUUGGUCUUCCUGCUCUAACUUCAGCUGAUGUUUUAUUAGCAUCUAAUCUAACGACAGCAGCAGCUGCUGGUGCAGGAGGAGAGAAAGGAGGAGGAGGAGGAGGUAAGGGUCAUCAUCGUAUGACCAGGAGCAGCACUGGAUCAAUAUACUCCCUCAGUACCAUUGUCAGUGGUUCCUUAUCAGAUUCAGAUGAUGAUAGUUCCUCAAGAUUAACUCCUAACAAAUCCUCCUCAGUAUUUCAUUCUUUCCGCUUGUCUCUUCGUCGACGAAAACACAAAUCAACAUCAUCGGCCACCCUAACCCCCAGCAUGCUCUCGUUGCCAUUGGCAACCAGAGAGCCUUACAUGUUAACAGCCGGAAUGGAGAAUCACUUGCUUUAUUACGUAUCUCUUGAAAGUGGGCGUGGUCUCCUCGUAUCCCCUAGCAACGAGCAGGUCAGCAGUCAACCAGUUCAUAGUCAGCUACUGAUCACUUUCCGUGAGACUGCGUCAGCUAUUCACACCAUCUUAUACCAGAAGAGGAGAGAGGAACAGGAGGAGAAUGUAUGGGAGGAAGAAGAGGAGGAGGAGAUAUCAUCAGUUUCCUCAAUGAAAGACGGUAAUGAUGGUGUGUUUAGUUUAAGAGGGAGUUCAGUGAUAGAACAUGGAGUAUUAGUAUCAUGUACUACACUAUCAACAAGAGGGGGAGGAGUAGGAGGAGGGGCUAAGAAUAUUCACGGGUCAUUAGCUAAUCCUCCUAUACUCAACUACUGGAUAAUAGGGAGAUUAUUUGAGGAGAGAGAGUUGUAUAUUUGCUAUCAGGAGAACAUGUCACAGUCGUCUGUUGAGAUUAUUUUUAAAUUGCUGUUUGGAUCAAGCAUAUUUUAAAAUUUCUUCUAUUUUCUAAUUUUUAUCAUCAUUAUUAUAAUCAUUUUUACUUACAAUAAAGUUAAUAAGUUAUUAGUUUCGGG